GGCCAAUAUCUCACUGCAAAACAGGUGAUGAAGGUAGCAAUUGUCCCUGGUGUAAGGGCAAAAGGAAAGGCGUGUAUGUUUUCAGACCGUUGUUAAGACACAUAGAUACCGCUAUGACAGGUGCAGUGUGAAUGCGACAUAUACUUGGAAACAAAAGUGAGACAUUGUAGAAAAGUGAAAAUGGAAAACUUUCCAGAUGCCAGGUGGAAAAUUGUAUUAAAGCUGUCAAAAUAAGUCACAACAAAGACUGGGUUUUCUCAUAGACUAACAGGAGUCAUGUUCUGGAGAAGAAUGGGGUUUUCAACUAUGAGAUGGAGUAUCACAAAUGAAACAGUUAUUAGUAUUAGAGGUUAAAUUGGGACUUAUUUGUUUUGGCUUUUUUGGAUUUGGUCUUUCUUGUACUUUUUUUUUCUCUCUUUCAAGCUUACUGCAACAGUGCUGAUAUACUCGGAGUUUUGUGGACAGGUCAAAAAUAUGUAAAUAAAUUGCACCUUAUUGCUUCACAUAGUUAUGUAUUCUGGGCUUAAUUCCAAACCCACUUAAACUGAUGGCAGUGCUUCUGUGGGCAUCAGAGGACUGCAGUUUAGGACCUAUAUUAGGAAAAUGGAGAUGCAAAGCAUAUGCAGUAGAGGUUGGUUAUACAGCCUCUGCAGUCAUCCAGAGUGAUUUUCUAAAACACAGGAAGGAAAUAAAACUGAAAACUGAACUACCUUCAAGGUCAAAUAUGCUUUGUGUACAUGAUAAUGGAGCUUUUAAAAAAGUCAGCUCCAUCUAAACAGCAUUAAGCAUCUUAAGUAUUAUAAAAGGCAUUACUCAGAUUUCAGACUGAUAAUCUGAACAGAUAAUCCAACAUUUUACUCAUUAAAAAAAGUCAGCUGCACUGCUUAUAUUUGGGUAGAAAAAUACAGAUUGGAACAAGGUUUGCUGUGUUUCCUUAGUACAGCCAAGAGUAGAAUUUUCUCUGCUGAUUUAGGAUUUUAGUUGUCCGUGCAUUUACUUCCAUGCACUGGUAGAGUCUUACCAGCAAUUUAUCUGUUAUUUUGUGGCUGAUUUCUGGUUCUUUAUGUAACAUUACUUUUUAGCAUAAGAGAAUGUGCUUACAUUAAACUCCUUAUGUUCUUUAUAAAAUACGCCUAACAAACAAUAAUGUUUACUCCCACAAUAUGACUUAUAAAAUAAAAAGGUCCUCUGUUCUUUUCAGGACAGGUUUUUUUUCAUGGAGACUGUUGAUCUGUUAGAAAGAAAUACAGCCUUUAGAGCAGAGGGUAAAAACUUGAUUGCGGUUAGAGAUAGAUGAUGCAGCAGGCAGCACUGGUAACUGGAGAUUGUACACACAAUAGACCCUAACGGCCACUAUGGAGCUGUUAACUUCUAUUGUGUCAAGGUGUAAUUAGAAAGUGGUUGAAGUUGCAGAUUGCUGAUCUAAGUGGUGCCUUUAAAGUCAAUGAAAAUUAACUGAAUUCUAUAUUUAAGUUCUAAAUCCUUGAAAAUAUUAGUUUAUAAUGGAAAUAAUGACAGACCUUUAACUGUAGCUGCAUGGAUGUUGCUGGUAUUACUAAUGCAAAAGUAGAAAGCAGGACAGCUCUUGGAUGCUUACAACUGUUCUAAUGCAUAAAAACUCAUUAAAAUUUCCUAAAGGAGGAUAUAUUAUUAUAACAACCUUUUUUCCUCAGUGCUCUUCAACUAUCAUAAUUGCACAGUAUACAUAGCAACUUGAAAGGAGUCAGAAAUGUGUAAGAAGGAUAAUCUCUGGCUACAGUCACCAAAAGCAUAAUUAUGUGAAUACAUUGCAUAUUCUGCAUCCUGUUCUUUGGUUUUGAGAGCCCACAGAUUCUGUAGAUGAUGAAUAAUGCGGUAUCUAACUAAAAUAUCAGCCCUAAAUUGCUGGAAUACGUAUUCAACCUUAAAUAAUUGCUUUGGAUUUGUGUUGAUUCCAAGUAAUGUAAUAGUUGUGACUAAUCUGCAGUUAUUACAUGUAAAAAAAUAAUAUUCUUUUUGCACUUAGGAUUCUACAGAUUUGUGGAUAGGUGAAGUUAUUGUUAAGGGUGUUUAUCGGAGUUGCAGAAACUUUCUGUCUCUGAAGAUAAGGCCCAGUAAAGUCAGGGACCUAAAAACAGGCUUGUUAUGAGAUUCACUUAUCAAGAUACAGAAGUUUUAAUUUUUCACUCUUAGAACUUGUUACAGCGACCCCACCAAUGUACUUUUCACAGCUGCAUCCUUUGCAGUAACCAGAAUCACUUGUUUUUCCAGUAGCACAAUAUAGGCCUGCUCCCUCAGGCACCCACAACACAGAAAGAGUAAUGACCAUGGAAAAGGGGCACUUGGCUCCUGGGUACCCAAAAAUGUUAACUGCAACCAGAAAUACACCAUGUAAUAUUGGCUUUGUCCAAAACACCCCCUUGUCCGAUGGUACAACUAAUAGGCCAGCAGCAUCUGUUCCUAUUUUGUGCUAAGGAUAUUUCACAAAUGCAAGUUUUAAUGUGUUACUUACACAGGCAAUGAAAGCCACAGGUUGCUCAGGGGUUUUGUUUAAAGUUCAUUACACAGUUUAGCAGGACCUGGACCACACUGAGCUACAGUCACUGCGCAAUGUACAGUACUUUGCUACACACAGAACUAGUAUUUAGUGAUAGAGCUCCAAAUAUGUACUUUGCACUAGUGCAUAAUAGAAAUUAAUGGUGUCAGCCUUAUAAAAUGUUUGACAGUUGGAAAUUGCUAGUCUAGAAGGGUACACAAAAUUAAAUGGUAAGUCUCUAAAAUCAUACAAGUUUACCUCAAAGACAUUUUUACAAUGUCUUUGGAGAAGUCUUUUAAGUCUAAAAACUUCUUGUUCUCACUGAAUAACCAAUCCUGGCCUAAAGUAGAGCAUAAUGAUGCUUAUGUAUCGCUCUACUGCCUCUGCAAGCCUACUUCAGCCAAUUCUGUGGAACACUUCAGCUCCCGGGGUACGCGGUGCUGCGGCACCAGCAGUCAGCCCGCUCUUCAGCACCACUCCAGUGACACGGCACCCAGGAUGAAGUGCUUCUGCGAGAGAAACAUGGGAGGUUCACUCGGCAGUGUAUGUGGCCUUAGGGCUGCUGGAGCCUUUCCCCAAACUACGGGGUGUAGAAAAAAAGACUGAGAGAAGGGAGUGAUGGGGACAGGAAAACCCAAGUGAAGGAGAGGAGCAGCACCUGUGAGCACAGUGGGGACUCAACAUGCAGGCGGGGGCGAGUGUGUCCCCAGAGUGGUCCCUGUUUCCUGAAGCGGAUGGAAAGCACUUGCUGACCCUACAGACAGUGUGUCCAAGCACAGAGGAGGAGGACUUGGAGGGCAUCUGCCCGAUAAGUGCCCACCCGCAGAAUGGCAUGGUCGUGGCAGCGCUGCCUGGGGCGGUUGUGCUGCAGCCCGUGCUGUGCAACGUGCCGGCAGGCAUGGCCAUAAGCGUGCGGGAAGGGGUCUCUGUGUUUUGUGACUUAGGGCUGACGCAGAGUAAUGUUUUACAAGAAGAAGGGCAAGCAAUUAGUUCAGAAAGCAAGCCAACAGGGAAACCACCAGACAUGCUACUGAUUGAGGUCCAGCAGCUGACACCAUCUGAAGUGGGGGGAGUAGAGGAACUUCUUUUCACUCUUGGGGAAACAAAGAGCUGGAGCUGCAAAGCCAGUGAUGAUUUAUCAGACCCAAGUGAUGAAGGUAAAGAGCAGAAACAUGCAACUCCAUCAGAACAAGCAGCUGUGAGAAAUCCUGAGAAUCCAGAAUUUCAGAUUUGUGCUCCACAUCAGAAAAAAGGAGAAAGAGAAGUUUUCCGCUGUGAUUUGUGCACAUUCACCUCACUCAGAAUAUCAAGUCUUAAUCAUCAUGUGAAAACCCAUUCUGAUGAGAAAUCUCAUGUGUGUCACCUCUGCCUUAAGGCUUUUCGUACAGCUACUCUCCUGUAUAACCAUCUGAAUGUACAUACAGGGACCAGGCCCUAUAACUGCAGUGACUGUGAUAUGGCAUUUGUGACCAGGAGUGAGCUUUCACGACACAGGCGUUACAAGCAUACCUUAGAAAAACCUUUCAAGUGUUCAUUGUGUAAAUAUUCUAGUGUAGAAGCAAGCAAAAUGAAACGACAUGUUCGCACACAUACAGGAGAACGUCCUUAUGCCUGUGAACUUUGCAGUUAUGCUAGCAAAGAUGCAUAUAAACUGAAAAGGCACAUGAUAACUCAUUCAGGUGAAAAACCCUAUGAAUGUUAUGUUUGCCAGUCCACAUUCACUCAAAGUGGUACCAUGAAAAUCCAUAUGUUACAGAAGCAUGGAGAAAAUGUGCCAAAAUACAAGUGUCCACAUUGUAGUGCCUUUAUUGCGCGAAAAAGUGACCUGGGUGUCCACUUACGAAAUCUGCAUUCCUACAUGGCAGUGGCAGUUAAAUGCAGUGACUGUGAAGCUGUAUUUCAUGAGCGCUAUGCUCUUGUUCAGCACAGGAAGACUCAUAGAAAUGAAAGAAGAUUCAAAUGUGAUCAGUGCAGCUAUGCAUGUAAACAGGAACAACACUUAAUUGUACAUAAAGGAACCCAUACUAGGAAGAAGCCCUUUGCUUGCUUGUGCUGCAGCAAAACGUUUCAACAAAAGGAGCUUCUUACUCUUCACUCUAGGAAGCACCAUGAUUCUCAUAUUAAGCCUAUAGUUUAUGAAUGCCCUAAAUGUGGUAAGGGCUAUUCACUCCGAGAUAACAUGCAUAAGCAUGCUGAAACUUGUGGCUUAGUGAGGGCAAAAACUGCUACACCCAGAAAAAGAAGCAAGGACAAAAAUAAACCCCAUGAGAACCAAAAGCAUGUUAAGCAACAAGAUUCGCUCACAGAAUUGCCUGCGGAUCUGAAGCAAGUUUAUUCCUCAGUAGCUGUAUAGAAUUGAGAGCUGCGUGAACUUCAGUACUUUCCUGAGCUCUAGCAACCAUAUAGCUGUGGGGUGCAUUGGAUUAGCAUGCAGAUCUAAUUGGAAACUAAGAGCAGUUAGCUGGACAGAUGUAGAGCUGCCUGACAAAAAUGAAGCAGCAGCAGUGUGUGCUGGUGUCAGAAACCACCCUUUCUGGGCACACAAAGCUUUCUGUCGCCUUAACCUGACUGGCUUUCAAGUGCAGAUGAGAGCAGCUUUUUUCACCAUUCUUUCCCCUUUAAAUAGCCUCUUGCAAGUGCUGCCAUGUAAGAUUGUGAUCAUACAUUUAGUACUAGAUCCAAAACACACCCAUGACUUUGAUUUUAAUUAGGUCUUCAAUAAAACAUACUUGUAUUAUAUAGGAAAGCUCAUGUUUACAAUACGUUUAAAAGUCAGGGAAGUUUUAAUUGUCACAUACAAUUCUCAACUGGCUUUUGAACUACUGGUUUUACUGCUUAAUUAAUUACUAUAGUUAGAGUAAUUAGAGUAAGUACUAUUGAUUUUUAUAAUUAGUUACAAUUAUCACGGUUGCCAUUUAUGCACUGUUCCCUCAUUUUUUGUCAUCUAUAAUUAAUACUUGGAAGCCUAUUCAUAAAAUCUUAACUACUGUUAAAGUAUUCAUCUCUAAUGCUGCUAUUCUUAUGUUUCAUUAUAAGUAAGCAUUAACAUUACUACCAAUUUUAAUAAUAUUUCAGCAUAUAACAAGUAAAUAAGUAAAAUACUAAUUUCAAGAUUCACAUCUGUGUUUAACUUCAUUAUAAAUAUGUUACUGCAUUUGACCAAUAUGAAAUGGUUUGGGGUUGCGUGUAGAGCAAGCUAUGUAUGCUAGUUACACUGAUGUGGUUGGGGGUAGUGAAUUCUGCUCUGUGCUUUGCAGUCCAGGUGAACUGCAGUUUGACAUCUGAAUACUGCAACUUUUAACUUUUGCUACUUUGAAAAGUCUCAUAAAAAUGAAAGUUUAGUUUUUUUCCAGUUAGUAUAGUAAAUUAACACCUUUAUCCUAUACUUGGUAAUGUGUCUACAUGCCUGUUUUACAGGGAUAACUUAAAUUCAGCAGCUGUUCUGCUGUUAAAAUGACUCAAACCGUGCUUAGGAGCUUCAACUGUCUCACAGUGUCUUAAGUAUCUCUUAAUGUCAGUAUUAGCAAGAGAUACUUGCUGUCUUACAGGAGUAAAUGAUCCAGUUUCAGAAGAUACAGACCACUCUACACUAAAAGGCCUCAUCAAGACCUUAAUCAGCUCAAUCAACUGGAUGAACAGGAAUUACCACUUUAGUAAUAGAAACCCCAGUCAGUUUUGUAGAGUAUGCUUGUAGCAAUCACUGAGAAGUCUGUGUAUUUGAAUUUAUCAAAAUUAUUCUUUGGUUUUAUUCAUUGUGUUAUUCAAGUGUUUCAUAAAGGUUAAUGAUUACUGGUUCUGCUUUCAUAAUGGUAAUAUUUAUCCAGUUUUAAAAAGUUAAUAAUCUGUUUUGGCUGCCUUAUCACAGGAUUUAAGAAUAUUUUUCCCCAUGAUAGUUGCUUAAAUACUAUUGUUGACUUUAUUCUUGUUGCGCUGUUUCCAUUUAUGCCAUAAAUUCCAAGCAGCAUAUUUCUUUGUUAAAAUUAAUUUUAGAAGUUGUAAAUUAUUUGAUCAGUUUUCUGCAUAUACAUUGUUCAUUGAAUUGUUGGAAAUAAACUGAUUUUGUGCUGACAUCUAAACAGACUACAUGAGUGAAAUAUGAAUGUAAUAAUAAAAAAUCUUGUUAACUCUGAA